AUUUAGUAUGUUGUUGUUUACAGGAAGCAUCAAAGCCAGAGGCAAGAGCUGAGCGUCCUUGGAUUAUAGUAUAUGGGCACCGACCAAUGUAUUGUUCCAACAGUGAUCACGAUGACUGUCGUAGUAUAAACUGCUUGACACGUGUAGGGAUUUCUCUUUUGAAUGUGUAUGGAAUGGAGGCUCUGCUUGACAAGUAUGGAGUUGAUAUAGCAGUGUGGGCACACGAACACUCGUAUGAAAGACUAUGGCCUGUGUACAACUACACUGUGUAUAACGGAUCAAUGGAGGAACCUUACACUAAUUCAAAGGCUCCUAUACACAUCAUCACUGGCUCAGCGGGUUGUCAAGAGCGCCAUGAUCACUUCAUACCUGACAACCUUUCUGGUCAGCCUUCCGCAAUAGCGAUUAUGGGUACACGCCUGACAGCUUAUAAUGCCACUCACCUCUACUUUGAACAGGUCUCUGAUGACCAGAAAGGAGAAGUUAUCGACAGAAUCUGGGUGAUCAAAGAUCAGCAUGUCCCAUUUGCAGAACUACGUUCUCAAGCAGAGUAAAGUUUUUGAUGUUCCAGAGUGUUCUUGAAGGUUGUGUUGUGUAUGAAAGUGUUCCUUUCAGUGUUCAUGUAUUAAAUAUGGUGCAAUUAAGAUAAUCAUUACCAAAUUGAAUUGGGUCUGUGAAUGUUCAAAUGUUUUAUUAAGUUGGCUACAUAUAACAAAUGUUCCAAAAAUUUUAUGAAGUUCGUUGACCAAACUGUCCCUAGUGAUAACCUUUGUUUGUGUAUUAUAUGGAUGAAUGUCUAAAGGUCCUGCCAUUAUUUUAAAAUUGAUAGACAUUUAUGUGUUGGUAUGUGUCUGUGGUAAAAGGAAGUCUUCAAACUUCAAAGCUUAAUUUACCUUAUACUAUAUUCAGUUCAAGAGCUGUUGCUUUAAUAUGUACAGAUUUACAUAUCAAACAGUAUUCUUUGAAGUUCUUAUCUAGAUUUGGAGGAUGAAUUAAGGUACUGUAGGCUGAAUUGAGAGAAUGAAUUGCUGAAAUUUGGAAGUAGUGUACUGGUAUGUACUUACAUAUACAUAUAUUUGUAAAUUGUAAACCAAAGAAUGGUUAAGGAUUUUAUUGACUCUUUUAUGGAUUCAUUUGUUAGUUUUAUAGGUUGGACUGUGAAAACUCAAAAUAAGUUUUUUGGGUACUGUUCAACACUUAGUAGAUACAUUAUAAUGUGAAAAAACUAUAGUUAAUACAAUAGUACUAUGUAUUACAUGUUGGUACUGGCUAAAUAAGAAGAGAUGAUUAAGUGUAUUUUAACACACCAGAUUUCCCAUCCCUAAUAUUCAGUAUUCUUUAUUACUUAGGUUGUUUACAUCAACUUCAGACCUACAGUCAGCUGUAUUUGUGUGUUCAGUUUCGGGUACAUAGGGAGAGGGUAUGUUAUUCAGAUUUUGAUGAAAAAUUUGAAAUUUAUGUGAUGUGUAGUUUUUUUUUUUUACUGAAGUUAAAUUAAAAACCUUGGAUACUUUGUUUCACAUUAUUUCAAGUCUCUCUGUGUAGUUUAUAACAAUUUGCAAUGGAUGAAGCAUUUGUUGUCCAGAUAAUGUAGCCAUAUAAAUGUGUAAGUCAUCAUAUGUUUGGGAAAUUUGAUCUGAAUUGCAUCUAGGUAUUAUUCUUGGACACUAAGUUUAAAACAAUUCCAGAUUUUGCAAAGUGAGUUCAGAUAUUUCAUUAUUUUGCAUGGCUGUAUUUUAAAAACUAUGAACUAUAUCAGUGCCUUACAUUGUAGUUUUGCCUUAUUUUCAAAAGAACAAGUACAACUACUAGUAAAUUUAGAAAACAUUUUUUUAAAUUCAGACCCAUAACUUUUUGUUAUUAAAAUAAGCUAUGGCUUUGUUAUCAGACAAAUUUAGUUUUUAAAGACAAAGUGAAACUAAUAUGGAUUUUACACAGAUGCAGGAACUUGUAGUUACCUUUCUAAACCUUUUGUUUACCAAUUUCACAUAUAAUUCUUAUUUAUAGUAGUAU